AGGAGGGAUGACAGGAGAUGUUGGUUGUUGCCGCGGCAGCAGAGCAGGACAGAUCUGAUACAGUAAAACAACACUCCUCCUCCUCCUCCUCUUCCUCCUCCUCCACCUUCUUCUUCUUCUUCUUCUUUUUAUCAUCACUGCUUCCUCCUCCUGCGUCCGUCCUGUUCCACCUGGAAAAACCUACCUCUGCCUUCCUCCUCAUCCUCAUCCUCAGCUGUGGGCGGCCAUACAUGGACAUGGAGUAAAGACCUGACGCCGCCUCCUCGCUCUUCAAAACAAACCCGGUGUGUCUCCACCGCCACCGCCGCCACUAAUGCCCCGCUGCCGAGAGCAGGAGCGAGAGAGAGACGGUAAAACACGGGGAGAGAGAUAAAGGAAAAAUUAGAGGAGAAAAAAAACAGCAAGCAAAAGCAGAAAGAGAAAGAGAGGAAGAGUGAGGCUGCAGAUCCAUAAUCGCCACAGCAGAGAAACACUUAGAGGGAGGGAGGCAACGCAGGCGAUUCUGUCUAUCUUGCAACUUUAAGGGACCAUCAUCACAAUUUAAUAAGAAUUUGAAAGGCUGCGGCGCUGCAACAAAUCUGUCUUCAGAGGGAGAGCGAGCUCCAGUCAGACACUGAGCGGAGGAGAGCGAGAGAGGAAGUAGGGAGGUGGAGGCCCGACACAAACGCCUCAACGCUUCCCUCCCAGGAUUCAUUUCCUCAGCAGCAAUAAAGAAAAAACGUUCUGACUAUUUUACAGAAAUCCUCCCGUUCUGAGGUUUUAUGCCUGUUUUGAGUUUGUAUGUAUUUAGAGGAAAACGCCCGACGACAGCCGAAAAGUUGCUCAUCGGUAUAUUUAAGAAAAGGAAUAUUUCAUUCUUAGCCUGUGAGUUUCCUCUUUGAGUUUUUCAGGAAGCGACAGGAAGUCUCCGUUGGCCACAAAGGUCACAACCCUGUCAGAUGCGUGGGCUUUCCCGCUGCUUCAUCUUUUCAUGGCUUGACACCUAACUGCCGUCCGACCCCUCCCUCUGCCCCUCCUCCCCCCCUUCUUGCCCCUCCCCCCCAACAUGUCCGACCACCUCCUCUCUCGCCGCCCCGACCGCUCGAGGACAUCAGGGCAGGAGAAGAAGUGAGGGAAAGUUUUAGUCGAGGCACUUACAGGCGAUUUUUGUUAGCCCCGCCCCUCCGCCGAGGACGCAACUCUCUAACAGGUGGAACGCUCUGAUGCAAGAUGGCAGCCGGCGUGGCGACGUGGCUGCCCUUUGCGCGGGCGGCGGCAGUGGGCUGGCUGCCGCUAGCCAAGAAGACGAUGCCCAAACCGCCGGUGGACAAGUCGUCAAGGUCAGAUGAGAUCCUGUACGUCAACGUCAGCGGGGUCAGGUUCCAGACAUGGAAGAACACUCUGGAUCGUUAUCCUGACACGCUGCUGGGCUCCUCGGAGAAAGAGUUUUUCUACAACGAAGACACGCAGGAGUUCUUCUUCGACAGGGACCCUGAAAUGUUCCGACACAUUCUGAACUUUUACCGCACUGGGAAGCUCCACUACCCCCGACACGAGUGCAUCCAGGCCUUCGACGAGGAGCUGGCCUUCUACGGCAUCGUGCCGGAGAUCAUCGGAGACUGCUGCAUGGAGGAAUACAGAGACAGGAAAAAGGAGAACCAGGAGCGUCUGGCCGAGGACACGGAGGCCAACGAGGGGAUGGACGCCCCCCUCCCUCCAGACAGCACCUCCAGGGAGCGUCUGUGGCGAGCCUUCGAGAACCCCCACACCUCCACCAUGGCGCUGGUCUUCUAUUACGUCACCGGCUUCUUCAUCGCCGUCUCCGUCAUCGCCAACGUGGUGGAGACGGUCCCCUGCCGGCCUCCGAAGGGCAGCGUCAAUGACCUUCCCUGCGGGGAGAAAUACCAGCUGGCCUUCUUCUGCAUGGACACGGCCUGCGUGCUCAUCUUCACCUUCGAGUACCUGAUGCGUCUGUUCGCCGCGCCCAGCCGCUGCAAGUUCAUGCGCUCUGUGAUGUCAGUGAUCGACGUGGUGGCCAUCAUGCCCUACUACAUCGGCCUGGUGAUGCCCGAGAACGAGGACGUGAGCGGCGCCUUCGUCACCCUCAGGGUCUUCCGCGUCUUCCGGAUCUUCAAGUUUUCCCGCCACUCGCAGGGUUUGAGGAUUUUGGGCUACACGCUGAAGAGCUGCGCCUCCGAGCUCGGCUUCCUGCUCUUCUCCCUCACUAUGGCCAUCAUCAUCUUCGCCACCGUCAUGUUCUACGCCGAGAAGGGCACCAAGGGCUCCACCUUCACCUCCAUCCCGGCCUCCUUCUGGUACACCAUCGUCACCAUGACAACGCUGGGAUACGGUGACAUGGUUCCCAACACCAUCGCAGGGAAGAUCUUCGGGUCCAUCUGCUCUCUGAGCGGCGUCCUGGUGAUCGCGCUUCCCGUCCCCGUCAUCGUCUCCAACUUCAGCCGAAUCUACCACCAGAACCAGAGAGCUGACAAGAUGAGGGCUCAGCAGAAAGUGCGCUUGGCUCGGAUCCGCAUGGCAAAGAAAGGAACAACCAACGCCUUCCUCCAGUAUAAAGAAGACAGAGCGAUCGGGGACCGGAACAGUGACAGCACAGCUCUGUGUGUGAAGAACAAAUCGGCAUUCGAGCACCAACAUCACCAUCUGCUGCACUGUCUGGAGAAAACAACGAACCACGAGUUCACGGACGAGAUGAACUACAGCGAGUUGUGUAUGACCGAGUCCGUCGGCUUCAGGACCAGUCGCAGCACCUCCCUGUCGAGCCACCAGGGGGCGCAGAACAACUCCACCGGCUGCUGUCCGCGGCGGGCCAGGAGGAGAGCCGCCAUGCGACUGGCCAACUCCACGGUGUCCGUCAGCCGGGGGAGCGUCCAGGAGCUGGACAUCCUGCACAUCAAAACCACGUCCAUACCUCCACAAACUCGUUCCAGUCUCAACGCCCAGUGCGCCAAUCUGAAGUUGAACUGCGGGAAUCCAGAUUACACCGCCGCCAUCAUCAGCAUCCCCACGCCGCCCGCCAACACGCCUGAUGACAGCCUCCCCCCGUCGCCUGUCCCCAUUCCCGGCAUCCUGCGCAACACCCGCGCCACCGCCUACACCCAUGAAACCGUCAAAGUCUCCUCCUUAUAACCUCCGACCUCACCUGCAACCUCCACCCUCCCUUGCCUCCCUCCCUCCCUGCCGCCCCACCAGUCGUCCCCCCCCCUGCACCAUGAACAAUAAAAUCCCUUGACCCUCUGACCCUGAACUGGGAGGGGGAGCGCUGCUAGCUGAGAUUCUGGAGACUACGCAGAAGGAGGUUUUGAGUGCCGCUGGUCGCUUUCACUUCCUCUCACCAUUUUGCGGAUUUCGUGGAAUGAACGUGAACAAAGUGGCUUCUUGUCGAGAGGCAAAAUGUACAAUGACACAAAAAGGCAUCUGAUGGGAAAACAAGGUAAGAUCAAGACAGGACGUCUCCAUGGGUCUGAAGAGUCGCCCUCAU